GGUUUCUUCCACCCCAGUGCUGUCUUCCAGGGCACAGAGGAAGAGACGAUGAAGUCCAUCAUUGGCAUUGCUCUCCUGGUGACAGUCCUUCAGAUGUCUCAGUGCCAGAACAUCCGGGACCUGACGGCCUGCAUGGACGACCAGAACUUGCGCUUGGACUGUCGCUACGACAAUAAGACUAACUACCCCCUGAAUUACCAAUUCCGCAUGACCAAGGACUCCAGGGCGAUGCGUAUCGUCGCCGGCAACAUUGGCUUGCCCGACACCGCCUUCAGAAACCGGGCCAAUGUCACCACGCACAGGAACCUGUUGUACCUCCAUGUCUAUGGGUUCACCGCUGCCGACGAAGGCACCUACGAGUGUCACGUGAAGAUCACCAGUGACCUAACUGGCACCCAGACGAGGAAUAUCACUGUGGUCAAAGACAAGCUCGUCAAAUGUGCCGGCAUCAGCGUCCUGAUCCAGAACACUUCGUGGCUCCUCCUCUUGCUCCUUUCCCUGCCUCUCCUCCAAGCCGUGGAUUUCGUGUCCCUCUGAAGACUGAACGAGAAGCGAGCGAAACAGGGGGGUGGGGGUGGGGGGAAGGAAACAGCUGAGAAGCACACGAGCCAACACCCACCACCGGAGCGUGGCCCUUUUCGUGGGAAGGAGUCCGCCAAGAGGGACGAUGGUUUGAAACCUUACCCCCCACACACACCCCGUUGUAUCUCCAUAUUAUCUCUCUAUAUCUCUCUCUAUAUAGCCGCAUAGCUAACAGAAGUGACUUGAUUUUGCGCUGACCCACCGGCAUUGCACCGUCGCAUACGAGCAACGCAUUGCGGGGGGGUGGCAGUCGGGGGGGGACCCCAUGCAAGCAUGAUGACUUUUUUUCCGUGGCACUGCUUUCCCCCACCCCCCCAUGCCGACUCCUCCCGUUUCUCUCCCCUCUGCAAGCGAGGCGGCGGAGGAGCCGCGCGGACAGAGGUCGCCUCGCCUCGCCCAAUUAACGUCUUCCAAAUUUCAGUGAGUUGCUGGACUUAGAGACUCAAGGCAAAGAGAGGAGCCUCGUGUCUGAAGGGGCACAGAGCCAAAGUGGCAAUGUAGGAAGAGAUGGGUGGAUGUUCAGCCCCGUGAAAAGAAAGGGAAUGUGCUCAUUUUACAGAUGGGUGGGAAACAGGCCCGUCUGAGCAUCAGGCGCUUUUCUGGAUGUGCCGGCACUGGUCUAGGGUUUGAUGGAGUCUCUGGGUGGCCUCCAGUGUCAGGUUGUGUUGCCCACCUGCCUGGCAGCUUCCGCACAGGUCUCCGAUUGCAGGCAACGAGUCGUCGUCUCAGCCAGGGAGCGACAAAAGCAUGCCAUUUCAGCCUAGGAAGUGGACCCGAUCGAACUGGAGGUGUGACACCCCGCCCCCCAUAGCCAGGAACGUGCUGGAGUAACUGUAGCCCCUCAAUGCGUCAUACAUACGGAAUCAUAGAUUUCUGGAGCAGAUUUCUGGAGUGGCUCCCUUUUCAGGCUGCCUGAGUUCUUGGGUUAACCCCGCCCGAGCUGCCGGCAGCCAGUUUUUGAUCACGGCUGCAAAGCCUCCUCUGAGGGAAAGGCCAAGGUAUCUUUGGUUCUAGAGCAGGGGUGUCAAACAUAAGGCCCGGUGGGCUGGAACCGGCCCCUCCAGGGAACUUAUGCGGCUCGUGAGCAACUAGUGGGAGGGAGGGAACAGGAGAGUGGGCGGAGCCCCUGUGUCUUCAGCACGGCGGAACAACUUCAUCUGCCGCAGACAAGCAGCGUGGGAGCAUCUGCCUAGUGCUGCUCCAGUGGUUCUCCGGUCUGCCCAUAUUGGUUUUCCUUUGCACCUCCCCCCCCCCCCCAG